AUGACAUCAACUAAAGGAGGAGUACAAUCCAUUAUAGAGAUCUUAACACUCUCAGGUAGAAGGGUUUACGUGACUGAUGGUUGGCAGCAGAGAAUCGCCUUUCUUUCCAGCAAUGGCACCGAGGGAGAUGCUUCACUGCAUUUUAUGGCAUUGGCUGUGAAUGACAGUGGAAUCUACGACUGUAAAGUGAAGGUGGAAGGUCAGAUCUAUCAAACAGCUUGUAAUUUGACCGUACAAGCUAGGUGUUCACAUCCUGAACAGGAAUAUGUAGGUGACACUGAUCAUGAAACAGAGUACAGUCUCAGGACUGACAAUCUGAAAUCACAAAUAAUCGAACAUUUUCUGGUUGCCAAGCUGCUUUUGAACAAUUUUUCUGAGGGAAAACAAUUCUGUAAAAAUUUUGAUUAUCCAAAUCUUGCUCAACCAACAACGAAAGUCAACCCAACGACUGAAAACGAUUAUCCAAAUCUUGCUCUACCAACAACAAAGGUCAACCCAAUUACUGGAAAAGGCACAGAUUCUCCAGAGAGUGAUAGGACAUAUAUUUUCCUAUGGAUUAUGAUAAAUCGUGUUGCUAUCUUCAUUGGAAUUAUAAUUUUCUUGUUGCUUGUGCAAUAUUUGAUACAAAGAAUUAAAAUGUGCACUCAGGUUGAACACAGUUCCGUUUGGCAGCUGGUGAACCCUGGAAAGCGAGCCACACAAGUCAUUUCACAGUCAGCUUAAAAGCAACGUUGACAGGCAAGACAGAUAGGCCAACUGCUUGACCUUUCACCUGAAGAGCUGUCAAUCGUUCAGACAUAAAGAACACGGAAUUAUUUCGUAUAAAGAACUGGCACUGGGUACUGUAGAUGGGACAAGACCAUACCUCAUGUUUUCUGAACUACUUACUACUUCUCUAUCACCACACCUCUUAUUCUUCAAAUCAACACAAGUAGAAAGAAUGUCAAUAAAGAAUGUUGAAAUUAAAAAUCAACUGAUGCAUCAGAAACCUUAGUACAAAACCUCAUGUUCAGCUUAGUUGAGAAGAGGAAAAUAAAAACAAAGACAUUUAGAAAUAGUCUCAAAAUACUUUCAUGGUUUUACUCCAGGAGUCCAUAAAUCUAUUUCUGUAAACAGCACUGUCUAGCAGUUCUGUGCUAGUUCAUGUUAUCUGAGCAGGUAGACAAUGUCACACUAUUCCACAUUAAACAGGUAAAAGGCAUGGCUACCCAAAUGAAAUCAUCAUACUUUAAUCUUAAUACAAUAAACUGAUUCAGCAUUCCAUUUAUGAGCUUUCCUGUUUAUCUGUAGAAUCGAGGUCAAUUAACACUAUAUUAUCAAGUGUCACAUUGUUUAAGAGGUGCUUGCACUAUUAAUGACCAAAUUUAACUGCCUGUGGCAAGGAUUAAUGAAAAUUCAAUUUACAAAUCCAGCAAGUUCUUAAAAAAAAUACUAGGAGGCUGCAGAUAACAUGUUGUCUGUGCAAAGCUGUAGUGAUUAA